AUGAACGCUCGAGCAUUCCAUCCGCGCUCGGAAAAGGCCAGUGAGCCCCUCACCAUGGCCCAUAGGGAUGCAUUGAAGAAACUGAGCAAAGCCAGGGCGGGUUCCGUGUGUUUGGAGAUGGAUGCCGUCGGACUGUCUCGCAUCCAGCCUCAACAUCUGGAAGGACUGGACCAUUUACAGGAGCUGUACCUCACGGAGAACUCCCUGACGGAGAUCCCCGAGGCCCUCGCUUCGAAGCUUCCGAACCUCACACACCUGGACGCGCGAAGGAACAAGCUGCGACGCCUGCCCGAGUCUCUGGGGGACCUGAGCGAGCUCCGGUUUCUCCUGCUGGACGACAACGAGCUGCAGGACAUCCCGGACUCCCUAGAUGAAGCCAAUCACUGGGUGAACCCGAGGAAGCCGAUGAAAGUGAGUGCAGCUGAUGGCUCAUCAUCAAUCUGCACCCGAGCCCGCUCUCGGCUUUUGCCGUCAGCUCUGCAUCGAAUGCGGGAUGACCCGAGACAGCUCGGAUCACUGGCGCGUACUGGAGGUUGCAGGCAACCAUGCGGAGCUGUCGGAUCUCAGGAGGAUGGAUGUCUUCUCUCACGCAACAGGUACAGCCUCCCAAACGAGGAUGAGCUGCACACGAGGCACCUGCUGGAUCUGGAGGUGAAACGCCGGAGAAUGAUCUGCGACGAGAUCAACAAACGGCUCCAAAAGCUCAAGUACGUGCCAGGACGAAAGCACGAGGGUGAGUCAGAAAGUAACCGGACAUCGGCGACUGUAACAUAG